AUGAUGAUUGAGAUCCUCAAGACGUUCGUGUAUGCCGCUGGUGUCUUGCUGAUAUACGCACUGUCUUUGGUCAUCUAUCGUCUUUAUCUGCAUCCUCUAGCACGUUUCCCGGGACCAAAACUCGCCGCAGCAACGAAAUGGUACGAGUUCUACUUCGAUAUUCUGAAGGCGCCUGGCGGCCAAUUUGCGUGGGAGCUUGAGCGUAUGCAUGAUGUUUACGACCUACUCACUCAAAAAUUGAAGCGCACUUUGAAAGACGGCGGGAUCGUGAACAUACGCCGCGAGUAUCUGGCUUACACCACAGACACGAUCUGCGACUACGUCUUCAGUGAGACGCAAGGCCUGCUACAUGAUGAUAAGAAAGCUGGGGAAUGGUUGAAAACUCUGGAUUCAAUCAUUUUAGCUAUACCCAUCGUUAAACAAUUUCCCUGGCUUAAUCCUCUGAUUAUGAGACUACCUUUGAGACCUUUGCAAGUAUUAGUACCUGACGCUGCCCGGUUGCUGAAACUAGAUCGCGAUCUACAUCAUCAAGCCGAUACUUUCCUCCGCACCCGACCGGACAUGACAUCGGAAAAGGACAGCUCGUCAGCAGAAGAUGUCAUCAAACAUAAGACCCUCUUUGAGAGCAUAAUGACGAGCAAGGUCCUGCCGCCACACGAGAAAUCUACCGAACGACUUGCUCAGGAAGGAGUUGUAGUACUCACAGCCGCUAGUGAGACUACAGCUCGCGUCCUUAGCAUCGCGACAUUUCACAUGUUGGCAAACAAGGAGAGGGUACUCGACAGAUUGCAGAAGGAAUUGGGUGAAGUCAUGAGCGAGCCGGACUCGCAAGUUGAUCUCAAGAUUCUCGAACAGUUGCCAUGGCUCGUAGGUCUCCAAUUAUUUCUUGGGGAGAUACGUCGCUAA